GCUCUCAGUAAACAUAAAUGCGAAGCGCUGCUGGAGCCAGGAUCAUUGUGAAACUGACCUCACCAGCAUUUUGUGCGUUAUGGAAGACAAAGACGAAGAUACAGACACUUUUGACCCCAACCUUCCUGAAGAGGGUCCGUCUGCUCCACCUCCAGGCUGGCUGGACAGUGUAACAGGCUACGAGGAACACACGGGCGGAGACGGUACAGACCAAAUCUGUCCUCCUCCGCCAGACUUUGUCCCUAAGCCUGAAAAUGACAAGAAUGCCUCAGUUCCAAAUGUCAUGGUGCCCACUGUCUCAGAGGAUGUUGCAAGAGAUGCUCUACUCCAGUUUGUGGGUAAAAAAUGGACGUACAGCAGCAAACCUGCAAAAAAUCUGAUCUUCAAAGAGCUGAAGCCUUUUACAGUUUACCGUUACCGCUUGGAAACAUUCACAGAGUCCAGAUCAAGCGCCUGGGAAUCAGAGCCGCACACAGGUCAGUGUGUGGAUGGGCCUCAGAAUGGAGUGAGUCCUCCACCGUGGAACGUUCAGGUGUCUUACCCACCCAAAUUCACCAAUGCCGUUCAGAAAAUAAGGGUCCCGCACUCGUCAUUCAUAAAGCCUUGCCACCGUUGUCAUGGUAACGGCAAAGUGAGGUGUACCCACUGCCGAGGACGAGGACUGACUCGCUGUAUGUUCUGUCAUGGCUCUGGUCACAGUCGCAACCGACGGUGUACAACCUGCCACGGAAGAGGGAGAAAAAGGUGUGUUUCUUGUCAUGGAAAGGGUUACAAAGGCUGUCUCACGUGUAACGGUUACAGAAACCUUGUGCAUUUCAUACAGCUCACAGUUACAUGGAAGAACCAGGUGUUUGAGUUUAUAACCAACCAGGUGCCUGAAUUCCCGCUGAAGAAGUUUGAGAAGGUGUCUGGGGAAGCAUUCUUUGUAGAUGAAAACCUCCUGGUUUAUCCGAUAGAGGGCUUUCCUGACCAGGACAUCUGCGAUGCCUCAAAAGGAGCGAUUCAGAAUCACCUGCUAAAAUAUUCUGCUGUGAGCCGCAUCCUGCAGCAGCGUCAAACGAUCGAGCUGGUUCCGCUCACUCAUGUAUAUUACGCUUACAGUGGGAAAGACUAUGAUUACUUUGUCUUUGGGCGAGAAAACAAAGUUCACACUACCAAAUACCCUUCUUCCUGUAGCAUUUUGUAAUUUGUUUUGUGUCUUAACCAAUUUUGCAAUAAUUCAUACCUUUUUUCAUAAGAUGUAAAUACAGUAUAUACAGUGUGUAUUUAUAAUGUAAUAUGUAGAUUAACUGUAAAUGUCUAUGGAAAUGAAGAUACUUUCUCGUCAUUCUAUUCUAUUUAAGCAUAU